AUGCAACUGACCUUCCAAUCAGAGCGUAUCGCACUCCUCAUCCAUAUCCUUUGCGAAUUGCACACCAGUCACGGAAUCACUGCGCAGAAACUGAAAGAUGCAGGACGGCAUAUUCAACAGUCCAUCUCUCCGAUUGAACGACUACAAUUACUAGACGAGCUAUACCGCGUGAAAGAAGAGGAGGAAAAGUUUCUUGAUAGGGUCACGGAGGCUACGCGAAAUCAAAAUGAUCGGCCCCACCCCCCUGCCACCUUGGCGACCCGAGACAUUUUCGGAAUCGAAAUUGAGCCGGACAAGGAGAUCGCCAUAGAACGAGCAGAAACGGCACGAUCCGCCUCGGACAUUGUCGUCUACUCAAACGCCUCGGAACGCCAAGGCCACCUGGGCGCAGCAGCGACGACACUCAAUGACAGCACGGGGACGGCGGAUUUUCUACAGAUUCAGGUGGGGCCAAUGGACCGGUGGUCAGUACAUGCCGCCGAGCUAGUGGGGAUCCUGUAUGCCAUCAAUAUCAUCAACAAGGCUGCCCUCCAGCGAUGGAGGCUAGCCGGCUUGCACACCAGAACUGCGACCAUCCUCAGCGACAGUAUGUCGGCUUUGCAAGCUAUCCAGAACCCGAAAAUCAAGUCAGCACAACAGAUCAUCUUUGCCAUCCUGGAAUCGGCCAAGAACACCAAGUCAAACGACAUCGCAAUUCGCCUACAAUGGAUGCCCGGACACUGCGAGGAGCCCGGUAAUGACACCGCAGACCAAUUGGCCAGAGAAGCAGCCGUGCCGGGAAAAACCUAUCCCUUCGCCCCAUUACUAUCUCGCGAGAAGGCCUUUAUCCGGAGAGGGAUCUACGCUCAGUGGGAGAAGGAAUAG